AUGGCUAGCAUCCGCCAUAUAUCCACAAAAAAUGAGAAAUUCCAUGAAACUUCACUAGUCCAACAAUUGAAAACGUCAAUUUCUCGCACCCUUGAUUUUUUCAGUCCCCUUGCAGGCCGCCUAGCCACAAUUGAACGCGAAGACGACACUGUCUCUUAUUUUAUUGAUUGCAACAAUGAAGUAGCCCGAUUUAUUCAUGCUGUUGUUGAUGGUGUAGCCCUUGCUGACAUCCUCGAGCCGGUGUUUGUUCCUCCAAUUAUUUACUCUUUCUUUCCAUCUAAUGAGGUAAAAGACUCCGAGUCUGUUUCCAAGCCAUUGCUUGCAGUUCAAGUUACCGAACUAGUAGAUGGCAUCUUUAUCAGCUGUACGAUGAAUCAUUCCGUUGUUGAUGGUCCAUCGCUUUGGAAUUUCUUCAAUUCAUCGUCCGAAAUCUGUCGGGGGUUCGGUCAGAUAUCCAAGCCUCCCGUUCUUGAACGUUGGUUACUUCUUAAUGGUACCAGUUGCCCGCCGAUCCGCCUUCCUCUUUCGAUCCUCAAAACCAACUCUAAAACUACCUCCAAUACUCAACAACUACAAGAUAGGCAUUUUCACAUCAGCAAGGCCAAAAUUGCAGGACUCAAAGCAAAAGCCAAUGCUGAAGCUGGCACUGAUCAUACAAUCUCCUCUCUACAGUCACUGGUGGCUCUCAUUUGGCGAUCUGUAACUCGAAGUCGGCAAGUUGACCCUGAUGAACAAAGUGAUUUAAGGUCAAGAUUGCGGCCACCUUUGCCGGAACAUUAUCUAGGGAACACAGCUGUGUCUGGUAUAGUAAUUCUGAAAGCAAGAGACAUGUUGGAGGGUGGACUUGGCUAUGUAGCUCUAGAGAUAAACAAAGUGAUUUCUUCACACACAGAAGGCAAGGCAAAAUCCAUAAUAGAUUCUUUGAUGCAGAAUCCUGGACCAGUAAUAUUGGGUAGAUUACCAUUUAAACAUCUUUUUUCUAUAACCGGUUCGCCGAGGUUCAAUGUUGGUGCUGACUUUGGUUGGGGAAAGCCAGUUGCUAUUCGGAGUGGGUCUGGAAGCAUGUCUGAUGGGAAGAUAAUUUUUUAUCCUGGAGUGGAAGAAGGGAGUGUGGAGGUUGAAGUCUGUGUUUCUCCAGAGACUUUGCAAGCUCUAGAAAAUGAAAUGGAGUUCAUGGAUGCUGUCAUCACCCAUGGUGCGAUUAAUGAAACAGUUCCUGUCGAGGCAAUUUUUGUGCUGCAUUAUGGGAGCAUCCCCAAUAUUAAAGUUAAUAAUGAACUAUCGGCCUUGGUUGAGAAGAACCCUCUUAUGCUAAAAAAGUACUUAGUUUGUGAAACCGGGCUCGAGGAGCUGGCUUUAAACCAUAAAGCUUUAGAGGGUAGGCUAAUGUCAUGGAUGGGAGAAAUAGCUUGGAUAGGUUGUAUGGUGAGUGGAUGGGGGCUAGUCUAUUGGGCCAUGAUUGGUAAUAGGCUAGGUAUAUUGGUGGAAGAUGGGUGA